GAAAGCUUGGAAGGAGGAUUAAUGGCUGUGAGAGAAGAGGAAAGGGGGAAGGCGAAGAGGAAGAAGACGAUGGGGAAGGAGAUGGACGGAAUGUGGCCUCGCAUCAAGGCCAAGAAGGAUCUCCAGAUCAAUCACCUCAAGGGCAACCAGCUCUUCACGGUACCGAAUUUCCUUACUGCUGCUGAAGCCAAGGCUUUUGUCGAUGCUGCAGAAGCCAUCGGCUUUGCGCACCAAGGGAGUCAAGGUCCUGCAAAAGGUGAAGCCUACAGGGAUAAUGAUCGCAUUUCUGUCAGUGAUCCUGUUCUUGCUAAAACUAUAUGGGAAUCAGGCUUGAAAAGUAUGUUUGAUGAUAUAGAACUUAGGGGGAAGAUAGCUGUUGGUCUGAAUCCAAAUAUUAGAUUUUACAGAUAUAAAGUAGGACAAAGGUUUGGUCAACAUAUUGAUGAAAGUGUUAACCUUGGAGAAGGGCAUAGGACGCAAUACACUCUACUAAUUUAUCUCAGUGGUGAUUUAUGCUCCAAAACGAGACAUGGCUUGGACAAAAAACAGGAUUCGUCUACACACUCUCUAGUUGGAGGAGAGACUGUGUUUUAUGAUGAAAGAAGAGGGAUUGUGGCGGAGGUUGCUCCUGUGAUGGGAAUGGCCCUUCUUCACAUUCAUGGAGACAGAUGUAUGCUGCAUGAAGCCCGUGCUGUUAUUAAGAAUGUGAAGUAUGUUUUGCGUUCAGAUAUGGUUUUUGCUUGAUGAUGAUUUUAGUGUUUGACACACACUCUAAGGGCUACUCUGUGUAAGGAUCAUGUAGAGUUCAUAGAUGAAAAAUAGUGUCCUAUAAAACGCCAGGUCCUCGUCUUUGCAAGCAUUCUUUGAUAUUGCAAUUCAAGCAUUUGUUGAUAUACUUUGCAGCUUUGCUAAUUCCUUAUGAUUUUCUAUGAUCUGAGCCUUGUAACUUGUAAGAUCCCUAUAAUUCAAAGAAUCUUACAUCCAAACAUAAUGUCAGUUCUUGUAAUUGUGGAUGUUUGGAGAUGAUCUCUUGAAGCUUGUAUCAGUAAAAACCAAAGACCAAUGUUUACUAUGAAUAAUUAAGAAGUGUAUAACAUUGUAGAAAGAAACUCAACAACCAAAGUGUUGUGGUAAUUCCAUUAGUGGCAACCAAUGUAAAAUUAAGUAUGAAAAUGUUCAUCAGCAACCAACUUUACUAGAUGUUUGUCAUCUCCGGAUUUCAAAAUGAUUUUUCUAGAGUGAUUAGUAUGGAAAUAUUUCAUGAAAGUAACUUGCAUUAUGAAAUAUUAACCAGCUUUGGCUGCUGGUUUCUGUC